GCCGGCAAAAUAUGAGUAGCCUCCGCAACACAACCUCAGCAACCGCCGGAGAUUGGUUAAACUAAAGACUGGAGUAGUUCGUGAAGCGAUUUUCUUCAGUAUUUUUGGUAAUAACCAUCUCGAGGCGACCCACCUUCCCGCCCUUCCUCGUAGGACAUUUUAUUUUUAGAUUAAGAAAUUUAGUUCGUAAAAAUGGCAAUCACCAGCAUGGACCCAGGACCAGGCGUUGCCGCCAUGCAGGCAUGGGGUGGCCAUGCAGAGGCAUACAGCUCAAACCAGACUGUUGUCGACAAAGUCUUGCCCGAUAUGCUACACCUGAUUGAUCCACACUGGUAUCAGUUCCCACCGAUGAAUCCAUUAUGGCAUGGUCUACUAGGCUUCACCAUUAGCAUUUUGGCGUUCAUUUCAGUUACGGGCAAUGGCAUGGUUGUUUAUAUUUUCACCACAACAAAGUCUCUGAAGACCCCCUCAAACUUGCUUGUUGUAAACUUGGCUUUCUCCGACUUCCUGAUGAUGGCAAUGAUGGCUCCACCUUUAGUUAUUAACAGCUACUAUGAAACAUGGGUCUUCGGUCCUGUAGCGUGCCAGUUCUAUGCCUGCUUUGGUUCAUUAUUCGGAUGCGUGUCAAUUUGGACUAUGACAGCAAUUGCCUUCGACCGAUACAAUGUAAUCGUAAAAGGAAUUGCUGCCAAACCAAUGACCAUCAAUGGAGCUCUUCUGCGAAUCCUAGGAAUCUGGGGCUUCUCACUUGCAUGGACUCUGGCACCUAUCUUCGGCUGGAGCAGAUAUGUACCUGAGGGCAACAUGACUGCAUGCGGAACUGACUACCUGAGCAAGGACUGGCUUAGCCGAAUCUACAUCCUGACUUACUCAGUUGCCUGCUACUUCUUGCCUCUGUUCCUCAUCGUCUACUCUUACUUCUUCAUCGUCCAGGCCGUAGCUGCUCACGAGAAGGCUAUGAGGGAACAGGCCAAGAAAAUGAACGUUGCUUCUCUCAGGUCCUCUGAACAGGCUAACACCAGCGCUGAGUGCAAACUAGCCAAGGUGGCACUGAUGACUAUCUCUCUUUGGUUCAUGGCAUGGACUCCCUACCUGGUGAUCAACUUCACUGGUGUAUUCGAAAGCGCGCCAAUCAGCCCCCUCGGUACCAUCUGGGGUUCCGUAUUUGCCAAAGCUAAUGCCGUGUACAAUCCUAUUGUAUAUGGCAUCAGCCACCCGAAAUACCGCGCUGCUCUAUACCAGAGGUUCCCAUCACUGGCCUGUCAGCCAUCCGCGUCAGAGGAGACUGGCUCAGUGGCAUCCGCAGCGACUGCUUGCACCGAAGAAAAACCAUCUGCGUGAACAACGACAUCGAUCAACUGCUUAACCUACCCACGGCUCGGACACGAUUCUGCCAAAACGAACUUAUUAUUAUUAUUUUUAUACAAUUGUACAAAGUUGUGAACAUGGACACAGAACAUGGGCUGGGCAAAAUAUUCGGGUUUUAAUCAUAUUUAUUUUGUUAUAUCCAUAACAGUAGCAUUUUUGGUUUGUUCCUUCCUAUGCCUGCAUAUUUUGGGUCCACGUUUUGUGUGUCGAGUUAAACGUUGCACACAUUUCUUUUUACCUUGCUUUAAAUCAUCGGUUGGCGACAUUAUGAAAAAAUACAAAAAAAUGUCAAAUGAAAUGUAUGUCGCUAGACCACCCUAAUUACCGUGAGACUGCUCCUAUUAGACUUACCUAGAAAAAUGUGAGAUCUUUUCGAUGAAAAAUGCUUUGUUACUUGGACCAAUAAAUUAUUUACAUGCAACGUG